AUGAAGAUAUCUCUGGAGCUGUGUGUUGCCUUCGUUGCUUGCGUGUCAUUUGUGAACGCACAAUGCGCCGGAAAAGCCGACCUCAUUAUCCUGAUCCCUGGCUCAGACAGUGUUCCUGGGCACGAGUUCUUUCCCUUUGAAAGGUUUCUCAUCAACCUUAUCAGCUUUUUUCAAAUCGACGCUGAUAAUGCUAACGUGGGUCUCAUUCUGUAUGGCCGGGAACCAGUAGCCAUCAGCUGGCCGCAGCCGAUGAAAACUCACAAGCAGACGAACACGCGAAUUACGUUGAUGUGUCAGCGCGCGACAUACGCAGAGCAGAUGAGAGGCGGAAACGACGUCGCUUCCGCUAUCAAUCUUAUGCGACAAAUGUUCUCAAAUACUUCCGGAAACACUGGACAGCCGCAUCGUGAAGGUGUAAAGCAGAUUGGCGUCGUUUUCACGUACGAUGGCGUUGAACCGGAAUUACGUGAGGUCGUAAUUAAUGCCACGGAGGCUGCAAAGGCCGAGGGUAUAGUUCUGUACGGUGUUGGAAAAGGGAACCCGGGCCCCGAGUUUUCAUCGAUUGGAUCUGACUAUUGCAAAUCAUUCUCGAUGGGGCGUUUCAUAGAUGGGCUUCCUAGCGUCUUGGCGUUUCUCGGAAGCAGCAUUUGCUCUGAAAUGGAUCCUUACGUCAACGCAACGGAAGGGAACUGCUUCCCACAGUUGUACCAGAGCAAGGAAGCCGAGCCAGUGACUUGCGACCGUCAGUCCUAUCUAUUUCCGGACCCCGAAAACUGCGCCUACUAUUAUCACUGCCUCUUCCGGCGUCCCGUGCAGGAGCGCUGCCCCAUCGACAUGCUCUUCGACCCGAUCGCAAAGUCAUGUAACUACAAGGACUACGUCUCAUGUUACACCGACAUUAAGUGCCACAAGCAAAACGGUCUAUUUGCCCACCCGACCGAUUGUAGUAAAUACGUGAACUGUUUCGACUUCAGGCCUUACGUACAGUCGUGCCCACCGGGUCUCUGGUUUGACGUCAGUGUCGGAGGAUGCGAUACGGCAUCGAAUGUCGCCUGCUCUAACUCAGUUUAAGGCGAAUCAGAUGAUUUGGUCUUGGUAAUUUGUGACUGUCCAUGAUUGUUUGCAAUCGAGGUUAUAUUGAACCGCCUUCCGUGCCUUGCUCAAUUAACGUUAAGGGCACACGUUGCCAUUUUUGUUUUGUCCUCGUUAUGUUAUUAACGUGACAUUUCUCGUGCGUUCGUACGUGUAAAUAGUCGUAUACAUUUGUUGUGUGUGUCCGAUAAACCAGAGAACACUGCCGCACGAUAUAGUGAGCAAAGUUCACUGAUGACAGAUGCAUAUUAAGUAAGCGAUUAUUCCAUAAGCAGUCAUAAUCUCUUAAAAGAACGCUGUCGGCGAAACGGGAGAAACAGUAUCUCAUGAUGAUAAAUGAUAUGUAAAUGUCAUUUAUUAACCCAUUUAUGCCCAGUGGACUCUCCCAUCCUUCUAAAUUGGAUCAAUUUAUUUCCAAAAUUAGGGAUGUCAAGUAUAUUUAUUUCUAUAUUUAGAAUAUUUCAUAAAGAAAUUCAUUUAAGCAAACAGCGCAGACCCAGAUGAGACGCCGCAUUAUGCGGCGUCUCAUCUGGAUCUACGCUGUUUGCAAUGUCCUUUUUUCAGGACGCUAGGCAUAAAUGGGUUAAGAUUAGAUUUCGUUUUUAUUUACAGAAAGUUUUUUCGUGAUAAACAUUGUCCUACGUGACGACUGUGUAGCAUAUCUUAUUUGUUUGUUACUUUAGUGGAAUUCACUUAUUGUUUUUGUCUGUUAAAAUGUCAUGCUCAUAUUCGUUUAUUUUAAAACGAAUUUAAAAUUAAUUGUUAAUAUAAUUGCAAUUGAUUAUACAAUUGUUUGAUUAUGAAUAUAUUUUCGUCUUAAUAGAUAUUGCUUGAACACAGUUAUCUACAUUUUAUUACCAGCUAUGAAGCGUCAACUUAUUGUGUUAUACUCGGUCUCCUGAUGUGCGUUCCAAUGUGAACACUGCCCAUAAAUAAUAUGGAUGCUUCGUGCUGAUGUUCAUACAUACAAGAUGCUGUGUCGUUGAAGCUGUCGACUCUCUACUAAUGUGUUUGAGCGACCAGAGAAAUAAAUACAUGCAUGUUAUAAAUGUACUUGUACUGAUACAAUUAACCUUGUAUACUUACAAUCAAUAAAGUUAAUACAUAAAUAGGUACAUGCGUGCUGUUGUUUCAAUUGCUUUUGUUUUUCUGUCCGAACUUAGCAAUUUGUCAAUUUACAUGUUGUGUACUGUAUUGUUUAAUAUUUUAAGUGCGACAAUAAAAAGUUAUAAAAUACGUAGGACAAUGUUUAUCACGAAAAAACUUUCUGUAAAUAAAAACGAAAUCUAAUCUUAACCCAUUUAUGCCUAGCGUCCUGAAAAAAAGGCAGAAAAUACUAAAAGGAAUAAUUAUAGGUUAUUAGACGUUUCACUGUACAAUACGGGGAUAUAUUUGGACGAGCACACAGUUUAAGUCAUAUUGGACGAGCCGUUAGGCGAGUCCAAUAUGACUUCAAACUGUGUGCGAGUCCAAAUAUAUCACUUAUUGUACAGUUUAAACGUCUAAUAAUCUUUUUAUUCUAUAUCCCUUUCUAACGCUCUUUUGUUUCUUCUUUAAAAUAUAUUACCAAACCAGCUUUCCGUAUUUUUAUUUUCAUUCACCUGAUUACGCAAUUUAUGACGUAUCUCGUGUGACGUCAUUUCUCUGACGAAACAUACUAGUAUAAGCAAGACUUUCUGCAUUUUAGGGACAACACUAAUCACUAUGGACGUGUUUGUGUUUAACAGUAAAUUAAUCAUAAUAUUUUUUUAAAUCAUCGAACGAAUCCAAAACGUAUUUCGGAGUGUGUGUUUGUAUUAAAUGCAUAAUUGUUAACUUCGAUAGGAAUAAAACAACUCGCUCCGACAGGAUUACGCAUUCGUAAAUCGUGUUUUGGGUCAGAAUGGUUAGCAUGGGAUACAAACGCUUUCAAAGAAAGUGUGGAUUUAAAUACAUUUCGAUAAAGGGAUGGAAGAACAGAAAAUGGAAGGGCAUACAGUAUCAUUGAACUGUGUUUCUAUAAGCAUUGGAUUAAAGCUGUCAUUGAGGUUAAUAAAAUAGAGUUUUUGUUUUGC